AUGGAAGAUACGCUCAAGGACCCGCCACUUUCUGACUGGCAGUCCGAAUUUCCCGUGGGCGAGAGCAAUGGGAUAGCUUCGCGGGAACUACACAGAUGCAGAAUUGGACGGGACCGUGCAAGCGCUACUAGCUGGGGCCACGAAGAAGGCAACCAGCGAUAUCGCAUAGUACCCCCAGAUGCACGUGACUGCAGCACGCAAGGUAUCCCUUGCGCCGUGACCCGUCGCCUCGCUCGCCACAAGAAGAGGGAGCAAGUCUCCGCGACUGGGUUAUUGGGCGGCAACAGGUUGGGUAUCCUGUCAGCUGUAGAUAAAUUCUUGAGAGGGCACAACAAGUGGCACAAUUGGUGGUCUUCAAGCAUCAGACGUGGUGCGACAGGCGUUUCUGAUCCGGCCAGCAUCGCCACUAAGCACAAGUAAAAGGAAACGUAAGAGUACAGGUGGUAGAAUUCUGACGCUUAAGCUUCUCGGAGAAGAGAAAGUAUCCAGCAAGUGUGACAAGAAAAAUAAGCGAGCUCCGAGACGAGCGAGCAGAGAAACUGCGGUAUUACCCGCGAUCGAGAUCCAGUACGCGAUGACCGCGCUACAUGCUGUUGAGCCUGCGAUUGAGACGCACCUGUGAUUGAGAAGCACCCGGUGAUAAAGG